AACAGGGGUGUUUGAUCCUGGUGCUCAGUGCUGCUGUCCUGUGUAUUUUAGAGGUUUAUUUCAUCCAGCACACCUGAUUUGAAUGAGUGGGUGAUUAUGAGGCUUCUGCAGAAAGUGCAGAGGUGAUUCAAUCAUUGAAUCAGGUGUGUUGGAGCAGGGAAACAAGUAAAACAUGUAGGAUAGCGGUCCUUGAGGACCAGGAUUAGGCAGUCCUGGAUCAAAUAGAUGAAGUAAUUUUAAAGAAGUCAGGAUCAGCUAAAAUUAAUCCUGUCUAAAUGAUAUCAUAAAGUCUGGAUAAGCAUUGAUUUUGUUUUUUUCUUAUUUUGCUUACAGGAUCUGUGCCACUUGAAUAUCUUGCCAGUCUGGGUUCACUGUAAAAUUAAAUGUAAAAAUUUCCCCUCUUGUGUCAAAAGACACAACUUCUUUUAGUCAAUAUAACGUAACGUUUACAUUCAAUCGAGUCCAAAAAAGCUAUAAAGCAGGUUGUGAUCUGAAACAGCUGUAAUAGUUUUUUUAUGAUUAGCACAUGAAAUUAAUAUUUAGUUCAAAUAAAGCUGUUUUAUAGAGGCUGGUGUUCAGCUUGUUUACAGAUAUCCUUCUUCGAAAGCAUUUUAAAUGAGGUCCACAUAAAAUGCAACCACUGAAACGAGGUUGUGUGCAAUUUUUGCUGAAGCUCUCAGUUGGGCUGGUGUCACUCGGGACAUUUUAUCUAGUGCGUCAGCGGACAGACAGGACACUUGGUUACAGAUGGUUGGAGUAUACAGAGGAUGAUGGUGGCCCAGAGAAAGCCUGCAACUGUUCAGGAAUCCUGCAGGGCGAGCAGGAGGCACUGCAGCAGGUCAAAUUACUCACCAUCACCAGAGAUUUCCAGAAGAAUAUUCAGAUCCCAGAUGAGUAUUACAUUUAUGAAACCCAAGACUGCAGGAAAUUCAAGUUAAAGAGGAAAUACUUGCCAUUUCCACUGAGCAAAGAAGAGGAAGACUUUCCUUUGGCUUAUUCCAUGGUGAUUCAUCACAAGGUGCAGAACUUUGAGCGACUUCUUCGAGCGAUCUAUGCCCCACAAAAUAUUUACUGCGUCCACGUGGAUAAAAAAGCAAAGCCCUCCGUAACCGCUGCCAUCCAGGCCAUUACUUCCUGUUUUCCCAACGUCUUCCUGGUCAGUCAGGCUGUGGAGGUGGUCUACGCCGGCUGGCCUCGUGUACAAGCUGACCUGAACUGUAUGGCUGAUCUAUAUUCUGCCAGUAAAAAGUGGAAAUACUUCAUCAACCUUUGUGGUCAGGACUUCCCCCUGAAAACCAACUUGGAAAUGGUGAGAAUGCUGCGUUCAAUGAGGGGCAGUAACAGCUUGGAGUCAGAAACCGUACCUGCAGACAAGAAGUGGAGGAUAUCAUAUGUUCAUGAAAUAAUCAAUGGGGACGUUAAGACGACAAAAACUUUGAAGAAUCCAGCUCCAUUUAACCUUCCCAUUAAGUCAGGAGGUGCCUACAUCGUGGUUUCUCGAGGAUUUGUCCGCAGCGUGUUGGAAGACACCAGAAUAGAAAUGCUCAUUAAUUGGUUCAAAGACACCUACAGUCCUGACGAGUUUCUGUGGGCUACCAUUCAACGUAUCCCUGGUGUUCCUGGUUCUAAGUGGCCCAACCGUAAAUACGACCAAACGGAUAUUAACGCUCUUGCACGGCUGGUGAAGUGGGAGAAUCACGAAGGCUCACAGGAUUCAGAGUCGGCAGUGUACCCAAAGUGUCAAGGAAACCAUGUCAGAGCGGUCUGUGUAUAUGGAGCUGGUGACCUACAGUGGCUGCUUGAGCAUCUCCAUCUUUUUGCCAAUAAGUUCGACACCGAGACCGAUCCUGUUGCUAUCUACUGCCUGGAGAAGUAUCUCAGACACAAAGCGCUGGCCGAGGCAGUUGGGGAGAGUGUUUGAUGCCAAUCGUCCAUGACUCUAAAACUGUUGUCUUUUGCUACAUCACAAAAAACAAUUAAAUUGCACACAGUUAAUACAAAGAAGGGCAGGAGAACAAGAAGAAUACAUCCAGAAGGAGACUGUUGCCCAGUUUUAAGCUGCAUAUGCUGGCGUAAGAAAUACGUGUUUUAAUAUGGUAUGUCCGA